AUGGAUAAACUAAAGUACAGCAAAUGCCCGUUGAAAAAGCGACCCAUACAAGUCGAGGAAAAGCCGGAGCCUGAAGAUCAGUUGUGUCAUGAUGAAGGUCCCGUUGAUCUUAGCGUAGCUGCUGCUUCGGUUCCCUUGGAGCCACCUCAGUGGUCGAUGAAAGAGGAGCCCGAGACACAGCCAGUUACCACAGAGCUGCGUCGACGCUUCGAUGCAGCCAUGACACAGACCAAGGAGCAAUUGGCGCGUCGCAUUUGGGAGGAGACACGCGAGAUCGCGCGCGCCUUUCCCGAUGUCUUUACACGCGAGGAGAUUGCCAAGAGUUUGGCGCGUCUGGGCUAUGGCGACUUUGAGCUGCCGCCAGAGGAUGAAGUCAUGGAGCCGGAGAACGAACGUGACGCUGAAAUGGCUGCCAGCUAUGCCAGUAUAUCGCCGCCAUUGCCAGUCGCCACGUUUGUCAAAGCGGAGCAGCCGGAGGAGUCUUUCGGACUGCGCAACUAUAACAACAACUUGCUGAAAAGCAUUGCCGAGUACGAGGACUGCUUGAAGCUGCCCCAGCAGGAGCAGCAGCCAAUGCCAGAGCGCUACCCGCUGCCGGCAGAGCCACAGGACUUGAGUGUGCGGCCCGAGCAGCAGCAACAGCAGCGUCGCGGCCUCAACGAGAAUGUCAAUCUGCACAAUGUGGCGCGUGCGCUGCUCAGCAUGCAACACAUGGCGCCACAUCAGCAGCUGCAGCAGCAGCAAGGCUUCAAGCACAAUCAGAAGCACGCGCCGCAUCAGCUCGAACAGGACGAAGACUUGGAGAAUCAGGAAAACAAUGAGAAUCAAUUGAAUUUGAAAAUCAAGAGCAGCAACGAUCUAUACUAUCAGUGCCAGCAGUGCAACAAAUGCUAUGCCACCUACGCGGGUCUCGUCAAGCAUCAGCAGAGCCAUGCCUACGAGAGCACCGAGUAUAAGAUCAUACGGAGCAAUCCCAGCGGUGGUCCGAUCGUCGAUCAAACCGAGUUCUGCACGGAUCAAGCCUCGGCUCUGAUACAGGCGGCGAAUGCCGCUUCGGCACAGUCCAUGCAGAAGCCAGUGGGCGUACCACGCUACCACUGCAAAGACUGUGGCAAGUCCUAUUCGACAUACUCGGGCCUCAGCAAGCAUCAGCAGUUCCAUUGCCCCUCGGCCGAGGGCAAUCAGGUGAAGAAGGUGUUCAGCUGCAAGAACUGCGACAAGACGUACGUCUCGCUGGGCGCACUCAAGAUGCACAUUCGCACCCACACGCUGCCCUGCAAGUGCCCUAUCUGCGGCAAGGCCUUCUCGCGGCCCUGGCUGCUGCAGGGCCACAUACGCACCCACACGGGCGAGAAGCCAUUCAGCUGCCAGCACUGCAACCGCGCCUUCGCCGAUCGCUCCAAUCUGCGCGCGCACAUGCAAACGCACUCGGAUGUCAAGAAGUAUUCAUGCCCCAGCUGCACCAAGUCCUUUUCCCGAAUGUCUCUGCUGGCCAAGCACUUGCAGAGCGGCUGCCAGGCGGAACAGGGUGGCAACGGCACAGCGGGCUUCAAUCAGCACCAGCUGCAGCAGCAUCUGCAGGGCUACGAGGAGUCGGCCCAUCAGCUGUACUAUGCGGGCAGCGCGGGCAGCAGCGGCGGCGAAGAGGAGGAAGCACACGAAUUUCAAAUGCCCACACAGGUCAGACAGGGCAUAUACUAA